AUGGCCAACCUCAGCACCGAAGAGAUCGAAAGAGCCUCCCAACUCUUAAACGCUCAAGAUAAAGCCAUCGCCCUCUUCGAAGAAAUCGAAAACACCCUCAUCCGACCCGGCAUCACAGAAAAGACCCUCAAUGCCGAAAUUUACCAACUCGUCAUCCGCAGUGGUCCAAACACCCUAAGUCCCUUCGCUGAGAAUCCCCCAGACCGCAUAAUCGAAGAAGACGACAUCCUAGUCGUGGAUCUGGGACCGGUUUUCGAAGCCUGGGAAGCCGACUUUGGCCGUACUUUCGUUCUAGGAAAUGAUCCGCAUAAGCUUAUGUUGCGGGAUGCGCUGGAGCCGAUAUGGGAUUUUGUGAAGGCGCGGUUUCGGGAAAAUCCGGAUAUGUCUGGUGAGGAGUUGUAUGGGAUUGCUUGUGGGAUUGCGGUGCAGGAGGGGUUUGAUUUUGGGGCUGAUAUUGCUGGGCAUAUUGUUGGGUUGUUUCCUCAUGAGAGGAUUCCCAGGGAUAGGAUUGCGCUGUAUAUUAUUGAGGGAAAUAAGGAUUCGAUGGGGUUGGUGGGUCGUGAUGGGUUUAGGCGUCAUUGGAUUUUGGAAAUUCAUCUUCAUGAUCGGGAACGUGGGUUCGGUGGGUUCUUUGAGAAGUUGCUGACGAUUGAUUAA